AUGUUGGAGCAGUUGCUCAUAUUUACUAGAGGAGGAUUGAUCCUAUGGACGUGUAAAGAGCUUGGAAACGCUCUCAAGGGAUCACCAAUUGACACCCUCAUUAGGUUCUGCCUUCUGGAGGAGCGAUCUGGCUCCAACUCGUAUAACUAUGAUGCUCCGGGUGCUGCCUAUACCCUCAAAUGGACCUUCCACAACGAACUUGGCCUUGUGUUUGUCGCCGUAUAUCAGCGGAUACUCCGGCUGCUGUAUGUGGAUGAACUGCUUUCCAUGGUGAAGCGUGAAUUCUGUGAGAUAUACGAUCCCAAGCGAAUAGAUUAUAAUGAUUUCGACGAAACUUUUAGGCAGCUGAGGAAAGAGGCAGAGGCUAGGACUGAGGAUUUGAAGAAAUCGAAGCAGGUGGGUAGGCCUGUGAAUGAUUCUAAGAAACAGGGACAUGUGAAGAAGGGUGGGGCUGACGGAGGAAACAAGAAAAAAAGCGAGGCUAAAGGUGGCAGUGAUGAUGAUGAUGAUGAUGAUGAUAAUAGGGCAGGUCAUAAUAAGUUAGAGAAUGGACACUCUAAUGGCCAUCAUAGUGAAACUGAUGGUUCUAGGGGAUUAGCUAUUGGUAACGGUAAAGAAAAUGCUAGUGUCAAUGUUGGAGCUUUUGAUGUCAGUAAGCUGCAGAAGCUUAAGAACAAAGGAGGGAAGAAAAAUGAUACUGUUGUUAGUGAUAGUAAGGGUGCCAAAGCGGACCCAAAGAAAAAGGCAACAACAAAAAAGAAUAGGGUUUGGGAUGAUUCACCUUCACAGUCGAAACUGGACUUCACUGAUCCCGUGGAAAAUGGAAUUGAGAAUAUAGAUGUUGUGGCAGCUAACCAGGGAGAAAGCAUGAUGGACAAAGAGGAGGUUGUUAGCAGCGAUAGUGAGGAUGAAGAAGAUGAGGUUGGCAAGGGGAGUGCACCUGACUCUAAGAAGAAGGGAUGGUUUUCAUCUAUGUUCCAGAGCAUCGCCGGAAAAGCAAAUUUAGAGAAGUCAGAUCUGGAACCAGCUCUAAAAGCUCUCAAGGACAGGCUCAUGACCAAGAAUGUGGCGGAAGAGAUAGCUGAGAAGCUCUGUGAAUCAGUUGCAGCUAGCCUGGAAGGUAAAAAGCUUGCAUCUUUCACAAGGAUAUCUUCAACUGUCCAGGCAGCUAUGGAAGAUGCACUUGUUCGGAUUUUGACCCCUAAGCGGUCUAUUGACAUACUGAGGGAUGUACAUGCUGCUAAGGAACAAAGGAAGCCAUAUGUUGUUGUCUUUGUGGGUGUCAAUGGGGUUGGAAAAUCAACCAACCUAGCUAAGGUUGCAUAUUGGCUUCAGCAACAUAAUGUCAGUGUUAUGAUGGCUGCUUGUGAUACAUUUCGGUCUGGAGCUGUUGAACAGCUGAGAACUCAUGCACGCAGACUUCAGAUUCCUAUAUUUGAGAAGGGCUAUGAAAAGGAUCCUGCUAUGGUGGCGAAGGAAGCAAUUCAGGAGGCAACUCGCAAUGGUUCUGAUGUGGUUCUUGUGGACACAGCUGGCCGGAUGCAGGACAAUGAACCAUUGAUGAGGGCGCUGUCAAAGCUCGUUAACCUCAACAAUCCUGAUCUUGUGCUCUUUGUUGGGGAGGCAUUAGUUGGAAAUGAUGCAGUGGAUCAACUGUCAAAGUUCAACCAGAAACUGGCUGAUCUCUCCACUUCCCCCAAUCCGAGACUAAUUGAUGGGAUCCUGCUUACUAAGUUUGACACCAUUGACGAUAAGGUUGGAGCUGCGCUUUCCAUGGUUUACAUCUCUGGAGCACCGGUGAUGUUUGUGGGUUGCGGACAGUCUUACACAGACCUGAAAAAGUUGAACGUGAAAACCAUUGUUAAGACCCUUCUGAAAUGA